GUCGUUUCUUCAGAAGUUGUCAAUUGGCUUUGCUCAACAGUGAGGACGCUCCAAAAGAGAGUCGCCGAAUUGGGGCGAGCCAGAGAGACGCCGCGCGUGAUCUCAUUGUUUGGCGCAUUGGAAUUCAGAGUUGUGGCUCCGAGGUAUAUUAAAUAUGGAUCAGAGUUGCGGCAGGGCGUUUGUGUGCAGAAGAUAUAUGCUCCCCGAUAUUUUCGAUAUCUCGAUUCUACUUCCGAGGGUAGCUCAGCUUCUGUUUUUGACGAUAUGGAGGAGGAAGAGGAGGCGGCAUCUGCUUCAUGUGGUCUCGCGCAUUCGGGCUUCUCUGCAGGGAGUACGAUUUAUCUUUUUGAUGCCAUUUGUGGGAAGGAGGAACAUGAAAUGAGUGGUUCCAGGACGGAAGAUCCCUAUGCAAGCUUGGCAAAGUCUUCCCCUCGGCAAAAUGUUGGGGCGCCAGUUUCUUCGGCAGCUGUUGGAAUGCACGUUCCUACUGCAGAUGUUGGCAUGCAGGUUUCUUCAGCAGAUGUUGGAAUGCAAGUUUCUGGGAGUGCUUCAGCAGAUGUUGCGAUGCAAGUUUCUUCAGCAGACGUGGGAACGCAAGUUUCUUCAGCAGAUGUUGGCAUGCAUGUUUCUUCAGCAGAUGUUGGAAGGCACGUUUCUGGGAGUGCUUCAACAGGCGUUGGAAUGCAAGUUUCUUCAGCACAUGUGAGAUUGCAAGUUUCUUCAGCAGAACAAGAUGUUGGCAUGCAUGUUUCUUCAGCAGAGGUUGAAAUGCACGUUUCUGGGAGUGCUUCAACAGGCGUUGGAAUGCAAGUUUCUUCAGCAGAUGUUGGAUUUCAAGUUUCUUCAGCACAGAUGUUGGAAUGCACGUUUCUGGGAGUGCUUCAACAGACGUUGGAAUGCAAGUUUCUUCAGCAGAUGUUGGAUUGCAAGUUUCUUCAGCAGAACAAGAUGCGGAGGUUGGAAUGC